AUUUUCUUCCUUUCCAUUUCCUGUUCUGCAUAUGUUCGGAAGCGAGCAGUCUGUGCAAAUACGGAAAUGUCAGACACGAUUCGUAGCAUGAUCCUCAACUUCCACAACGACGCUCGUCGUCGUGUAGCGAAGGGGCAGGAGCCGAAUAAUGUAGGCAUGCUCAAUCCAGCUAAGAACAUGUACAAGCUGGAAUGGGACUGCACGAUGGAACAGCAGGCACAGGAUGCAAUUGCCAAUUGCCCGAGUGGUUUGGGAUCAUGGUCCAACAUGGCCCAGAACAUGAUGACCUGGACAGGCUCGGGAGGAUUUUCGAAUCCCAGUGUACAAGUGAAUUCGAGUUUGAACAGUUGGUGGGGAUCAGCGAAAAAGAACGGUGUAACUGACGCAGACAACAAAUACACCACUUCAGCUCUCUACCAUUUUGCUAAUAGCAUUUUGGUGCUGAUCUCGAAAAAUCCAUCCCUUGCCUUACAGAUGGUAUUCUCUGAAACAAGCAAGAUCGGAUGUGCUUACAAAGUAUGCGACGGCACAAAGCUGACCUUCACUUGCCUCUACAACGGACUGUCAGUUUUAUGCUUUAUUACAGAUAAUUACAGUGGAUACUAUACCAAUGUACCGAUGUGGGAAACCGGCACUGCUUGUUCAACUGGCUCUGACUGUACCACCUUCUCGAACUCAGGUUGUGACAACGGCUUGUGCAUAAAAGGAGCACCAGUUCCAGGUAUGUUCAGUAUUUUGAAGGGCGAUAUAAUUCGGGCCGAUCGGCUUAUCCGUGGCUCUUCACAAAAUCAAGUUUUUACUAGAAAUUGUAAAAGAUGUAAUCUGUACAUUGACCUGGAUAAAGGCUUAAGCUGCGUAGCAGUAAGUGUACUUGUCAUUGUUUUACGACCGUAUCCCACUACGUUGAAAGAAAGUUUUGUUGCGCCGGUUCAGUUUCCCUCCUUUCAUUAUCAGGAUAUUUUUACAGAAACGAAUAACAAAUGCUCGUCUAACUCCGGGAUGACCGACUCAGUGAGGCAAAAGUUCCUCGACUUGCAUAAUCAAUACAGAUCGAGUCUUGCGCGCGGCCUUGAGCCUGAUGCGCUUGGAGGGAACGCACCCAAAGCAGCCAAGAUGUUGAAGAUGGUAUAUGACUGCUCAGUAGAAGCGUCUGCUUUGAAGCACGCCUCGAAAUGUGUUUACCAGCAUUCCGCCAACACCGAGCGACCGGGACUAGGAGAAAACCUAUACAAGACAUCUGCAUUGAAUUUCGAUAAGGUCAAAGCUGCAGCACAGUCAUCUCAAAUGUGGUGGAGCGAACUAAAAGAGUAUGGUGUUGGUCCGUCGAACAACCUAACGCUAGCUCUGUGGAACCGCCCGGAUACUCAAAUUGGACACUAUACCCAAAUGGCUUGGGAAACUUCCUAUCGGCUUGGAUGUGCUGUCGCUCACUGCUCAUCCUUUACUUAUGCUGUCUGCCAAUACGGACCUGCGGGCAACUAUCUGAAUAGCCUGAUAUACACCAUAGGAAACCCUUGCACGUCGGAUGCAGGGUGCCCCGGAUCCUACACAUGCAAUAUCUCAGAAGGUCUCUGUAAUGUCGUGUAA